UAGCAUUUGGCAUUGGUCGUUCAUUCACGAUCGUGAUCAGACGGCAUGUCAGUAAUCUUUGCAACUUGACUCGAGACGCACGUACUUUAUCACGUUUCUAAUACACGAGACAUGUGAAUCUGAACGCUAAGAGAAAAAAUUAAUUAAGGUGCUAAUAUUCUGUGAUGCUGGUAUUGUUGUGAAAACUAAAGUUGUUAUCCAAAAAUUAUAAGUUGAGGCUGUGAUGUGGCUAUCUGAAAAACGUGACAUAAUACUGAAAUGUACAACACACUGACAACACCAAGUUGAUAUCUGGAAUACUACAAAUGAAAUUUACAUUUAUACGAUACAAGUCUUUAGAGCAUAUAAAAUAAUAUACUAAAAUAAAAAGACAAAGUAUGAAGCAGAGUAUUUUGGCUGUGAUAUUAACCGUGUCGACCUUUUUCACUAAAGGAACGUCACUGCAAUGCUACAAAUGUCUGAUCAACCCGCCGCAAGGUGAAAAAUACGACACAACGAAGAACCUUUGCGCUCAUUUCGAUUACUCGGACAAAUUCGUCGUGGACUGCCCGUACUCUACUAUGUGCAUGAUACAGGAGUUUCAUCUCGACAUAUUAAAUGGAGAGAGAAUCACUAACGUGUUACGUGACUGCGCCUCCCAAAAACUGGAGUAUCAUGAUUUUACGACUGGUGAAUGGGUUCCAAAAGUCGAAGUUAUGGAACCAUACAAAGAAGGAUGUCAAAUAGUAGACGAUAAAGGAGAAAGAACGACAGCGUUCAAUCGAUACUGCUAUUGUCGAGGUAACCUCUGCAACUCGUCUCCGAGUACCAACCACGAGGGUUACACUGACAUCAUGGGCGUUAUUGUAGUGUUCAACCUUAUGAAAUAUAUUAAUAGCCUUAGGUAGACUGCACACCUCGUAUUAUAGACUUUUGGGAAUAAUGGGUCCAAAGUGUUAUACAAAAAAUGUGAUACAAAAUAAAUAAUUAUCUUUUAUGUACAUAAUAAUAGUUCAAUGUUGUGACUUAUAGAAUUAUAUUUAUUGUAAACAAUC